AUGCAACGAUUGUCACGCACCGGGCUAUCAGCGAGAUGUAUUUGUUCUCGCCGACAAGAUCGACGAUACGAUGGCACCUUUGAUACUUUGGUUCAUGAAUACGCUGAUGUCUUCCGAAACGAACUACCAGGCUUACCUCCAGAUCGUGAUAUUGAGCAUGUGAUUGAUACUGGUGAUGCUCAACCCAUCAAUCGGCAUCCUUUCAAGAUGAGUCCUCUCGAGCUGGAUGAAUUGCGGCGUCAAUUGGCUGAACUCCAAACCUUGGGAUUGAUUGAACCAAGUAACUCUCCAUGGGGUGCACCAGUUCUGUUUGUCCACCAAGAAAGAUGGUUCAAUGAGACUCUGUAUCGAUUAUCGCGCUCUCAAUGCAGUGACACGUCGCAAUGCCCAUCCCUUACCACGAAUUGA